UUACGUCUUCCCCUUCAGGCUUCAGCUCUUCUUCUUAGAAGUUAGAACUGUCACCACAGCUCAACUCGGACGGAGACAGGACGAGCAAUCGAGAAAAACCGGCGGCCGUGGAGGAUGCCGCCGUCCAUUUCCGCAUUUACCGGCGCUGUUUUCGCUGCUUGCCUGUUAGUGAAGUUGGCGCAUUCUCAAAGUUUCGAAGACAUUGGCGGAGGAACUUCCGCAUCUGUAGAUAAUCUGGCGGUGCAAGAAUUGCUGACUCAGGAAGUCUACAGCCGCAUCAGGAAUGUCACCUCGCUUGUUCUCAGCAGCGAGCUCGCUGAGAAGUCCAGCUUCUGCAUUCUAAACAUAGAAGAGGACUGGAAUAAUGCAUUCAAUUUUACUCAGAAUUUGAGCUUCGUGAGUUCGUGUGUUGUCAAAACUCGAGGGGAUGUACCACAAAGAUUAUGCACUGCAGCAGAAAUAAGAUUCUACUUCAGUAACACCUUCAUGACAUCAGGGAGUUCCAGUUACCUAAACCCCAACAGGAAUUGUAAUUUGACUUCUUGGGAACCUGGUUGUGAGCCAGGAUGGGCAUGCAGUACUGGCUCAAAUCAGAACCCUGACCUCAGAAAUUCACAAGACAUACCUGCUAGAAUCACUGAUUGUCAACCUUGUUGUGAGGGCUUUUUCUGUCCUCAUGGUAUUACUUGUAUGAUACCCUGUCCAUUGGGUUCAUAUUGCCCACUCGCAACGCUCAAUAAGACUACUGGAGUAUGUGAACCAUAUAGCUAUCAAUUACCUCCGGGACAUCCAAAUCACACUUGUGGGGGGGCAAACAUAUGGGCUGAUGUUCGUAGAAGCUCAGAGGUAUUCUGUUCUGCAGGAUCUUACUGUCCAUCAAAUACAGAAAAGAUUCCAUGUGGUAGUGGGAAUUAUUGCCCUACAGGUUCCAGAUCUGAGAAACGAUGCUUCAAGCUGACAUCAUGUGAUCCCAACUCUGCAAAUCAAAAUAUUCAUGCAUAUGGAGCGAUGUUUAUAGCAGCUUUAACCACCAUUCUCCUGAUAAUUUACAACUGCUCUGACCAAAUUGUCAGUAUUCGGGAAAGGCGACGUGCUAGAACCAGAGAAUUGGCAGCAAAAAGUGUAAAGCAGAAUGCACAGGCACGCGCAAGGUGGAAAUAUGCAAAAGAGGCUGUUAAAAAGCAUGCAAUUGAAUUACAUUCUCAACUAUCACGCAAACUUUCUCGCAAGAAAAUGGUCACAUUUGAUGAAGAGGUCAAAAUUUUAAAUGAAGAGGAAAGGGUUCCAGAUUAUGAUCUAUAUCUAUCUAGUUCUACAACAUCCAAACAAGUAGCUAUCUCUUCUCAAGUCAAUGAAAUUGAACCAAGUUCCUGUACGAGGAUGAUGGACAUAGGUGUUGAUAAUUCUAAAUCAUUCACUCCAUUAAGUUUGGAGAUCAAUGAUAAAAAUUUAAAGACAAAGAUGCAAAAAGGGAAGCAAGUCGACACUCAAAGCCAAAUUUUCAAGUAUGCAUAUGCACAACUUGAGAAAGAGAAAGCUCAGCAGCAGCAGAAUGAAUGCCUUACCUUCUCAGGUGUAGUUUCCAUGGCUACAAAUAGUGAACCCAAGAAGAGACCAACAAUUGAGAUUGCUUUUAGAGACUUAACUGUCACUUUAAAAGGGAAAAAUAAGCAUCUGUUGAGGUCUGUCAAUGGGGCAAUUUCGCCUGGACAUAUCACUGCUGUCAUGGGCCCUUCUGGAGCCGGAAAAACUACUUUUCUUUCAACUUUGGCAGGGAAAACUGUUGGAUGUAGAAUUACUGGUUCAAUUCUUAUAAAUGGAAAGAAGGAAUCAAUCCACUCACACAGGAAAGUAGUUGGCUUUGUUCCGCAGGAUGAUAUUGUUCAUGGAAAUUUAACGGUUGAGGAGAAUCUAUGGUUCAGUGCAAGAUGCAGGUUGCCAAAGGACUUGCCAAAGAAAGAUAAGGUUCUUAUUCUUGAGAGAGUUAUUGAUUCCUUGGGCUUACAGUCAGUUCGUGGGUCCUUGGUUGGAACAGUGGAGAAGCGAGGCAUCUCAGGAGGCCAGAGAAAACGAGUAAAUGUUGGGCUAGAGAUGGUAAUGGAACCUUCGCUCCUGUUUCUGGAUGAACCAACAUCUGGAUUAGAUAGUGCAUCUUCUCAAUUACUUCUUAGAGCACUUCGACGUGAAGCUCUUGAAGGGGUUAACAUCUGUAUGGUUGUCCACCAACCAAGCUACACCUUGUUCAAGAUGUUUGAUAAUUUGGUACUUCUAGCAAAAGGUGGUCUUACAGUGUACCAUGGCUCAACAAACAGAGUUGAAGGCUACUUUGCAGACCUGGGUAUCUAUGUUCCUGAACGUGUUAAUCCUCCAGACUACUUUAUAGAUGUUUUGGAGGGACUGGUUAGACCAAGCACCAGUUCAAGUGUGAAUUAUAAAGAGCUUCCUGUCAUGUGGAUGCUUCAUAAUGGCUAUCCUGUUCCCCAAGAUAUGCAACAAAAUUCUCCUGAAGAUGCUAGUUUGCUAGCCAAAGUAAGAAGUAAUGAUCAUAUGAUUUCUGCUGCUGGUGUCAACGACGAACAAUCCUUUGCCGGGGAAGUAUGGCAAGACAUAAGGAGCAAAGUGGAGCAGCGCCAUGAUAUUUUACAACAUAAUUUCUUGAGGUCAGAGGACCUUUCCAACCGGAGAACUCCAAAUGUUUUCUUGCAAUACAAGUACUUCCUUGGAAGGGUGGGUAAGCAAAGAUUGCGAGAAGCAAGAAUACAAGCAACGGAUUAUCUGAUUCUUUUAGUUGCUGGGGCCUGCUUGGGUUCAUUAUCCAAAGUAAAGGAUGAAAGUUUUGGUGCACCAGGGUACACAUACACAAUAAUUGCUGUUUCUUUGUUGUGCAAAGUUGCGGCUUUGAGGACAUUUUCAUUAGACAAGUUGCAAUAUUGGAGAGAAAGUUCUUCUGGGAUUAGCAGUCUUGCUCACUUUGUUUCCAAAGAUACAAUAGAUCACUUCAAUACAGUAAUUAAGCCUGCAAUGUAUCUUUCAAUGUUUUAUUUCUUCUCCAAUCCAAGGUCUUCUUUUGCGGAUAAUUACAUUGUCUUACUAUGCCUUGUAUAUUGUGUGACGGGCAUUGGUUAUGCAUUAGCCAUCUUCCUUGAACCUGGUCCUUCCCAGCUGUGUGCUGUACUGCUUCCCGUUGUUUUGACUCUUGUUGCAACACGCACUGGAGGUGGCAAAUUCUUGAAGAUGAUUUCCGAUGUGUGCUACCCAAAAUGGGCGCUGGAGGCAUUUGUUAUUGCAAACGCAGAAAGAUAUUAUGGUGUUUGGCUCAUAACACGCUGUGGUGCGCUCCAGAACUUCGGGUACGAUCUUCAUGACUGGGGUCGCUGUAUAGCCACCCUCAUCCUCACAGGUUUCGGCUGUCGCAUUAUAGCUUUCAUUGGCAUGUUAAUUUUUCAAAAGAAGUGAGCGCGCCAUCUGUAUACUUGUAAUUUUUCAUAUAGCCAUUUUAUAGGAAUGUAUAGGCACACCAUAAAUGCUUUAGUUCCAUUUCUUUUCUAGCAUUGGAAUAAACUUUUUUCUUUAUCUAAAAUGUAUAGAUAUAUUAGGUGAGUUUACUAACUGAUCGAAAUUCUUUAUUUUGAAAA